UUUCUGUUGCAUAUUCCAAGACUGUAAUCGUCAAACAACUGAGAUGAAAAAAUCCUAGACGUCAUAAGAAAAUGUUGUAGACUCAAAAAUAAGUAGAGAAUUCUGGGAAAGGAAAAAUAAAGAUUAAUGAUGCUGCACACGUAAUUAUCAUUAUCAUAUUUAUUUGCUAUAGCCUAGAUAUCAAUGAGCUGUAGACACAAAUAUACUGAAAAAAAAUAUAUAAAUAAUAAAUAAAAUAUAUCACAUACACGCACAGAAUAUUAUUUGUAAAUAAAUAAAUAGUCCGGACAGAAACCACAUUUAAGAUAAAUUUAUGUAUUAAAAGACGUGUUUUAUUAUAUGUUACAAUUAUUUUGCACAACUGGCCACUUUUCGCGAACGUGACAUAUUAAGUUUAAUUUCCCUAAAAGACAGAAGUUACAGCGGACCGAUAUACAGACCAAAAUUUUCCACACAAUUCGCACCUCCCACACCAAAUUUUGUCUAAAUUCGUCAAACGCUUUGAAAGACGAACCAUGUGAACACAAGGGCAAGGUCAAUGACAAAUCACAAGUUCUUAAUUUUUUUAUGUCAUGUAAAUGAGGGCCAAUAUAUCUCUUUAAACUAGAGCAAUAUACGACCUGACAAUUAUGUAACUUCUCUCUAGGGAACUUCCUAACACCUCUUCUUUUCCUUACGUCCAAACAUUCACAUCAGUAGUAGUUAUUUUCAUAUAGACCUAUAAAAAUUCCCACUUAAAAUUUUGUACGCUUUUCUUGUUUCCCCAUCUGAAAUGUCUAAACCCCCCUUCAUAUGACCACCCUAAGUGAAUUAAAUUACAGAGACGUUAUCCUUACGUCCUAACACCUUACAUUACGCCCUUAAGUUACCAUCAGUUUCUAUUUCACAGAAAAUAGAUAAGAGGUUUGCGAUUACCAUGAAUUAUAUUGCGUACACUGUGCGAUGAUAAACAACGAUGCUGAUAAAAUAUCUGAGCCGAGAAAUGUCGAUGCCUGUAUCCGCAACUCUGUCGAUUUAUUUAUAUAUCGCAGAGCUUAGAGCGAGUUAUCACAUUCGUACCAGAGAAGUGAACGAGCUGUGUCCAGUUUCAAAUCCUCUGUGAAUUGCAACACUUUUUCGAACGAAUACAAACCAGUUCAUCAACAUAUAUUAUAAGCGCAUUCAAAUUCUUCAAAACAACAGUAAACUAUGUGCCUUCAGUUGUAAAAAUCCUUGAAUCGUGAAAUGAAAAACAAACAACAACUCUGAAGUGUUAUAAAAAUUACUUGUUAAUUUUCGUAAUGGUGACAUUUAAAUUCUUAUGUAAGGACCAAAAUAAAAUAACGCAGAUUGCAGUGAAUCAUCGGUGUUGGUGAUUUAAUUAUAUAUCUGGACCGAAAAUGACAAAUGAAGCAACCAUUCUGUGUGUUGUGCUGGUAACAAUAUGUUCAGGCGCUCAAGAUCUGUACGACAGAAACACCCUGAUGUCAGCGCCAUGGCAACAACUGUUACGGAAGACGUGGAGGGAUGUGAUAAGACAGACUGACAUCGCUUUACGACACCACGAGCGCCAGGAUUAUGAGGCUCUCUACGGACAGAUACAAACUCUGUCGACUAGAGGUCAUGAUCAUAUACCCUCUUGGAUACCUGGCGAAGGAGAUAUCAGUGGUCUGAAGUUGGUAACACUGGCUCAAUACGAAGCUGGAUUUUAUCUACUUAAACUGCACAGGGACCUGCCGAAAUUCCAGAUCAUGAUGGAAGAAAUUGGAAGAGAAAAUGGAGACUUUCUGGCCCUAAAGCACAUGAUGGUCUCGACUCGGACUUUCUUAGAACAGCUGCAACGACAAGUAAAGAAAGCGCUGAUGGAUCUGCAGAUCGGGGUCCCGGCACAGCCCGUGAGACGCACGAUCACGUCUGUAAAGGAGACGACUGACGCGGCAGCUGCUGGAAUGGCACGCGACAGAGGCAUCCUGAUCAGAUACCGGAACUACUUGCGGCAGUGGGUCAGACUCUGGUGCGCAGGCGCGAGGAGACGCCGGCGAAUCCAAAGGAGGAUUCGCGAGUCUACCAGAAACGCGAAACUGCGAGACGGUACAGACGCUUUGAAUCAACUACAUUUUAAUAAAUUCUUUUCAUUGACAACUCAGCCCGUUAAAUCGGCAAGUCGUCCUUCCAACUCCGAAGCUUAAAUGGGACACAUAAUCAACAGCAGCUAAGAGAAAGUGGAGUUGUCGAACCUAGAAACUCCCAAUUAAAACGCAAACCGUAAUUAAAAUCGGGUGUCUAUAGUGUUCUUUUCAAGACUGUACAUAGCCUCCAGCAACUAGUAACAUCUAACGGAACUUUCUCGUACUAGCACAGAUACAAAGACUUCAAAUGUCUACCGCCAGGUGGCAGAGUAAACGCAGCAACAGCUGAUUGCAAGAUGGUUGUAAACAAGGUGUGGUUUUUAUGGAAGUGUUUUUAGUUUGUGAGUUUUAAACAAUUUUCGUUAUGGUAAUUGCAUUUAUGAUACAAACUUUGAACCCUAAAGGAUGUGAAAUUUUGUAUUAUAGAGUGUUCACUUGC